CACUACACUCCAUAUCUGCGGACGUUGACGAUGGGUGAAAUUGAGCACACGUACCUACAAAUCGACGGCCUCAAGCUCCACGUGGCGGCAAUCGGCGACGUAGCGUCGCCGCCGGUGGUGUUCCUGCACGGAUUUCCAGAGAUAUGGUACUCCUGGCGCCACCAGAUGACCGCCCUCGCCGGCGCCGGAUUCAGAGCCAUCGCACCCGAUUACAGAGGUUACGGACUAUCCGACCCGCCUCCGCAACCCGAGAAUGCCACGUACGCCGACCUUGUAGCCGAUCUCCGCGCGCUUUUCGACGCUCUCUCUCUCCCAAAGGCUUUUCUAAUUGCAAAGGAUUUCGGAGCUCGAGUUGCUUACUUAUUUGCCCUAAUCCACCCCGAAAAAGUUUCCGGAGUAAUUACAUUGGGCAUACCGUAUCUGCCUCCAUCUCCGGUCAAAUUCCUCGAUCUUCUUCCGGAAGGUUUCUAUAUCUCAAGAUGGCAGAAACCGGGAAGAGCCGAGGCGGAUUUCGGCCGAUUCGAUAAUAAAACGGUAGUGAGGAACAUCUACAUACUGUUUUCUCGCAGUGAAAUACCGAUUGCUGAUGAAAACCAGGAAAUCAUGGAUAUGGUUGAUUCGUCUACUUCUUUACCGUCUUGGUUAACCGAGGAAGAUCUUGCAAACUAUGGUUCUCUGUACGAGAACUCUGGUUUCCAAACUGCUCUCAAAGUUCCGUACAGGUCAUUGUUUGAAGAGUUCAAUAUAACGAAUACGAAAGUUGAUGCUCCGGCAUUGUUGAUCAUGGGUGAGAAGGAUUAUUUCUUGAAGUUUCCUGGUAUGGAGGACUACACAAAGGCCGAACAGGCGAAGAUGUUCGUUCCUAAUUUGGAGACGGUAUUUGUUCCGGAAGGUAGCCAUUUUGUGCAGGAGCAAUUUCCAGAGCAAGUGAAUAAAUUGAUAAUCGACUUUCUGAGCAACCACAGUUGAAGGCCUUGGCUAUGGUUGUCGGGUUUUUUGGUCGUUAAAUUCUACUAUUACGAAACAUUGGUGUUUAUCUUUCGGAAUUUGAUGAAAAUGUAUGUUCCUUGUGGAAAUAAAUGAAGGCUCUUCCAGUUUAAUUGU